UGGACCCAGUGCUUGGCUGGACAACUUGGGGCCAACACCACUAUUUGCGUGAGAGACAAAAGCCCCUCAGAGGAAGAAGAGGGGAAGCGGAGAGCUUCACAUGGUCCCAGCCAAGAGCAGGGAUGGCUGCCUCCCUCUCUCCCGCCCCUCCUUUGGCUUGGUGGUGGUGGUGUGACCCCUGUAUGCCCGUAUCCUCCUCUCCCCCUCCCUCCUCAUCCCCAAAAUGGUCUCUUUCCUCUCCGAGCUAGAGCUCUUUGAAGUAGUAUGACAUGUCAAGGGAUUUGGAAUGAGUGAUUUCUCAUGCCACAACCUCUGUUGACGGUGAUGGCAUUCCCCUGGCUUUUGUUGGGCUGAUGGGCAUUUGUCUGGGAGAGGAAAUAGCUUUUCAACACAUUUCCUUCAUUAGAUCUAGAAUGAUGUGGUACUGCUCUAUAGGUUGUGUAAUCCCAUGCUGCUGGGAGACAGGGGACAAAUCAACAUGACACCCAACUUUAGAGGUGUUCUCCUUCGUCUGUGAAGUCAACUUUCAGUCUGAAUGCAGUGAUAAAUCUGUUUUAGAUAUUGUCCUCCUAAUGUUCCCUAUAGCCUAAAGUUUCCCUGACAUUAGAUACUGUCUGUCACAUAUGGAAACAUGGUUUCUAUUUUUAUAUCAAUCUGAUGGAUAAACUAUUAUAUAAAUUAGAAAACCAAUAUACAGAGACUGAAAAACAGCUUCUAUCUCAAGGCCAUCAGACUGUUAAAUAGUCACCACUAGCCGGCUUUCACCCAGCACCCUACCCUGAACUUUAGUCUCUGUCACUAGCUGGCUACCACCCGAUUACUCAACCCUGCACCUUAGAGGCUGCUGCCUAUGUACAUAGAAAUGGAACACUGGUCACUUUAAUAAUGGAACACUGCUCACUUUAAUAAUGUUUUCAUGCUGUUUUACUCAUUUCCUAUGUACAGUUGAAGUCGGAAGUUUACAUACACCUUAGCCAAAUACAUUUAAACUCAGUUUUUCACAAUUACUGACAUUUAAUUCUAGUAAAAAUUCCCUAUCUUAGGAUCACCACUUUAUUUUAAGAAUGUGAAAUGUCAGAAUAAUAGUAGAGAGAAUUAUUUCUUUCAGCUUUUAUUUCUUUCAUCACAUUCCCAGUGGGUCAGAAGUUUACAUACACUCAAUUAGUAUUUGGUAGCAUUGUCUUUAAAUUGUUUAACUUGGGUCAAACGUUUCGGGUAGCCUUCCACAAGCUUCCCACAAUAAGUUGGGAGAAUUUUGGCCCAUUCCUCCUGACAGAGCUGGUGUAACUGAGUCAGGUUUGUAGGCCUCCUUGCUCGCACACGCAUUUUCAGUUCUGCCCACAAAUGUUCUAUAGGAUUGAGGUCAGGGCUUUGUGAUGGCCACUCCAAUACCUUGACUUUGUUGUCCUUAAGCCAUUUUGCCACAACUUUGGAAUUAUGCUUGGGGUCAUUGUCCAUUUGGAAGACCCAUUUGCGACCAAGCUUUAACUUCCUGACUGAUGUCUUGAGAUGUUGCUUCAAUUUAUCCACAUAAUUUUCCUUCCUCAUGAUGCCAUUUAUUUUGUGAAGUGCACCAGUCCCUCCUGCACAAAGCACCCCCACAGCAUGAUGCUGCCACCCCCGUGCUUCACGGUUGGGAGGGUGUUCUUCGGCUUGCAAGCCUUCCCCUUUUUCCUCCAAACAUAACGAUGGUCAUUAUGGCCAAACAGUUCUAUUUUUGUUUCAUCAGACCAGAGGACAUUUCUCCAAAAAGUACAAUCUUUGUCCCCAUGUGCAGUUGCAAACCGUAGUCUGGAUUUUUUAAUGGCGGUGUUGGAGCAGUGGCUUCUUCUUUGCUGAGUGGCCUUUCAGGUUAUGUUGACAUAGGACUUGUUUUACUGUGGAUAUAGAUACUUUUGUACCUGUUUCCUCUUCACAAGGUCCUUUGCUGUUGUUCUGGGAUUGAUUUGCACUUUUCGCACCAAAGUACAUUCAUCUCUAGGAGACAGAACGCGUCACCUUCCUGAGCGGUAUGACGGCUGCAUGGUCCCAUGGUGUUUAUACUUGCGUACUAUUGUUUGUACAGAUGAACGUGGUACCUUCAGGCAUUUGGAAAUUGCUCCCAAGGAUGAACCAGAACUGUGGAGGUCUACACAUUUUUUUAAUAAGUGAAAUAAUCUGUCUGUAAACAAUUGUUGAAAAGUGGUUGAAAAACUAGUGUUAAUGACUCCAACCUAAGUGUAUGUAAACUUCCGACUUCAACUGUAUAUAAUGUAUUCUAGUCAAGGCCUGUCCUAUUUAACUAUUUCUGUACAUAUACUAUUCUAUGCUAUGUAUUCUACAUAUAUAUUACAUAUUCUAUCCAUAUACUGUCCAUAAUGUCUAUACAUCCCAUCAUAUAUAUGUAUUUAUUUAUACUCCGGACUCCGACAUUGCUCGUCCUAAUAUUUAUAUAUUUUUUAAGUCCAUUCUUUUACUUUUUAGAUUUGUGUGUAUUGUUGUGUAUUGUUAAAUAUUACUGCACUGUUGGAGCUAGGAACACAAGCAUUUCACUACACCCAAAAUAACAUCUGCUGAAUAUGCGUAUGAGACCAAUACAAUUUAAUUGUAUAUAUACAGUUCUUCAUCUCAUGUACAUUGCAACAUACAGUAGUUCUUAUUUUAGAAACAUUCUGAUGCAUAUGCAGAUAUCAUUUAGGAUUAAAAGUUGAUCAGUAACCAUCAUGAUGGGACUUAUCCCCUCUAUGUUGUAUAUUGAUCACUAUUUCCCUGCAUAAAAUUAAUCCCUUGUGACUUCCACAUUACCAGGAUGCAGAGGUCAGCUGAUGCAACAUUUCCCCCUGUACCAGUACUGAGGAUGCUGGGUGAUAUACACUGUAUUUGGUCUGAUGACAUAGCUGGAUACUGUUUUCCAUUAACGUCUCAUCCUCUGACCAUGACGUCAAUGUCAGCAUUAUAUACAUCAAAUCUUCAGUUAAACAUUAUUCCCAUCCAUAAAGGGACAUGCUUAAUAAGCACUGACCAUGUCAUGCCUUUAGAGAGCUCUCCUUUCUCUCAGUCUCUCUCACUGGCCCAUCCAGAGGAUAUGAAGCCCAGACUUGCUUUCUGGGGGGUUACAGCUAGAAGCAGCCAGUAGGAAAUAGAUGGAGGAACCCCCACAACAGAUUUUCACUCUUAAACUGGGCUGUUGACUCCUCCCUCUAGCCCUCUGUGUGGUGUGUAUGAGUCUGUGUAUGUGAGAGUGUGUGUGGUUCCUUUGCACAGUAGUCUGGUCCACUUCAACGGUAGUGACAGACAUCAGGACUGACUGGGAAGCUCUGGUCAGUGUGGCUGAGGCAGGAUGCUUAUCUCUCUCUGGAUGCUAAAGAAAUGUUGCUGGCCUACUGUGAACUGUAGCUGAGUUUUUGGGAAGAUCCAGUUGUAGCACUCAGAGGUCAAUGUGCUGGGGUGUGUUGUCUUCUGAUGUACUUACGACAGUGUCUGGAGCACCAGUGUUUCCACCUUGUCUUUCUACUGGCUGAUUGACUCUUUCUAUACAGCAUAGCCUGAGGCUGAAGAUUAUCCAACCUUGGUCAAUGUACAUGUCACGAUCGUCUAAGGAGGGAGAGGACCAAGGCGCAGCGUUGAAAGCAAACAUAUUUAUUUUAUCAAGAUCACACGAUCAAAACAACGAAACGUGACGUCCUUGGUUACAAAAACAAACCAACACGGAACAAGAAACCACAACACAAAGUGAAAAGACCGAUAGUUAAAUAUGGCUCCCAAUCAGAGACAACCAGCUGUCACUCGUUGCCUCUGAUUGGGAGUCACUCAGCCCAACAUAGAAAAUCAAACAUAGAAUACACACCCUGGCUCAACAUAACAUUGUCCCCAGAGCCAGGGCGUGACAGUACACAGCACCCAGCUAGCACAUAACGCUCUGAGAACCAUAUGUUUCUUUCGUGGGAAUUUCUGUACUUCAGCAUUUCCUCAUGGUUUUAUAUAAAGUCAUGUUCUCAGAACAUUAAGAAAACGUUCCAUAAAAACCACAAGAAACAUUAGUAAAGUUCAAAGAACAUUCUAAGAAUGCUAUGUAAAAACAUAUACAUUCCAUUCUCAGCGUCAACAAAACUCUCUCUAUCCUCUAUCUUGUUAAGUGUGUUCAGGUGUGUUGGCCAUGCCCACUAAUUGGCCACACCCGAUCUUAAUGAGUGCUUGUUUCCUUUGAAAUGGGGUCUGUUUGAAUAGACGAAAAUGAACAGCUUUGUAUGAGUAAAAAUAAAACAUCACAUGCUAGUUCCAUCCUGCUGGCACAGUGGACUAAUUCCAUGGAUAUAAAACAGAAGAUCGUAGGUUUGAAUCUCAGUAACGCUGUGCCACAAUAAAAUAUAAAUAUGUUUGUAUGAUUAAUGCCUAAGCAAAUUAAUUUUCAUUUGUGCUUGGAGUUCAAAACAGUUCAACUAAGCUAGUCUUAUUGAAGCAAUUUCUCAGAACGUUAAUAAAACCUCCCAGGAAGACUUUGAGGAAACCAUAGUAAAACUCUCCCAGAAGCUCCCUGCAACCUAAAAAUGUACGUUUCUAGAACAGACAAAAUGUUCACUUCCAUUCGCAGAAUGUAAAAAAAACGUUCAGUUUCACUAGUCAGGAAACCUAUGGCUUCAUUCCCAGAACCAAUGGGAAACCAAAAACAUACAUUCCCAGAACUUCCAAGGAACCAAAUGUGCUAGCUGGGCACUCACCACACCAGAGAUUAAGUAAGUGCAUUCCUGCAUUCCUCUGCUCAUCUCUUUUCAUCUCUGGCACAUUGAUCCUAUUGUUGAUCAAUGAAAUAGCAUCUGUCGGCUGGUGUCUCCAAUCAGCAGAGAAAAUCUGCGCUGUUGGAACAUGCAGAGGUUUCAAUGUGUCUAGUGCAUUUUCUACAGGCAGCUUAUACUCACCCGAUAGGGUUAUUGUCAUAACAAUUGAUGCUGAGUAAGACAAAAAUCAAGUCCAGGAAACAGAAAUAUAUUUUUGCAUGGAAAGAUCAGACUUGUGACGUAGUGUUCUAAAUCAUUAUGCACAAUGUGAAGGUACCGUCUGUGCCUAGAAAGAGACUGUCUAUAGGCCUAAAGAGCGUCUGCUAAAUGACUCAAAUGUAAAUGUAAAGGUGUGUUCACAUGGCAUUAGCCAUAAAGUGAUAUGAUCACAGAUCGCAUGUCUGGCCAUGGGGGUUCGACCUUAAUUCCAUUACACAGGAACUAAACAGAAUGGGGAUGUUCAGGUUUUUAUGCCUACUGUCCCCAUGUCACCUCUCACCUACUGUGUAUCAAGCCUUUAUUGGCCUAGUGAGAAGUGCACCUACUAAGAAACCCAAUGUCCUUUCCAUGAUUAAUAAUACAGCAUUUAUGUGUGACAAUGCACCUAUAUCAUAUGAGGCAGUAAAAUGAUGGACAGCCUACUGUCACAUACUGAAAUGUCACCUUUCCCCAUGUGUUCUGAUGAUACAAAUGUGAAGUUAGAUGUGCCAAAAAAUACAUGUAUAUGGAUAUGGACAGACAGGGUGUUUUCUGCUGCAAAAAUAAAUUUGCCACAAAUGCAGGAUAAUGAAGCUGUCAUUCAACCUGACAUUUCCAGGGUUACAUCAUUGUCAUGGUAAAGAAGUGAAAGUGAUGGGAGGGGUUCACUGGUAUACAGACAUCUCCCAUGUCCUACUGUAUCACAAUGAGUGGAUCCAUGCCUUAGCUUAGUAACUGACACCUUCACAUCACCUGGGCCAGCUACUGUUCUGAACUCAAUUACUCUGACCAGGCCUCUGAGCUCCGAUUAAAUCAAAUCAAAGCAAUUGUUAUUUGUCACAUGCACUGAAUACAACUGGUGCAAUACAACCUUAACGUGAAAUGCUUACUUACAAUUAAUUCCUUGACCAACAUUGCCGUCUAAAAAAAAAGUAAGUAAGAAAAUAUUUGUAAAAAUAAAUAACUAAUAAAAAUAAAUAAACAAAAGUUAAAAAAGGUAACACAAUAAAAUGACAAUAACGAGGCUAUAUACAGGGGUACCGGUACCGAGCCAAUGUGCGGGGGUACAGGUUAGUCGAGGUAAUUGAGGUAAUAUGUACAUUUAGGUAGGGGUAAAGUGACUAUGCAUAGAUAAUAAACAGCGACUGAACACACCGAUUCUGCAUGUGUCUUGGGGUUUUGGUUCGAUGUGUCAGUUACUGAUGUUUGUCCGCCAUGAGACACCAUAGGAACAAAGCCAGUAUAUUUAAGACAAAACUGACUUUAUGACCAACAUGAUCCUAUUUACACUUUGUAGUACAUUUUGACACUAGAAUCAAUAUUUCAGACUAAUAUUGAUGCCACAUAGGCCGUCUUCUAACAGUUGUUUAUUGUUAUUUUGUAAGGGUGAUAGUUCUAUGUGAAACCACAAUGCCUCCAAUAACCCUUGGAGCCCUUUAAUGGUUCUUUGUAGUUCAGAAAAGUGUUCUUUCCUCUUUCUUAAAUAAUUAAAAUGUAGGGGCGGAGGCUCAAUAGCGUAUUUUUGGGGGUGGUUUGCACAUCUUUUUUUGGGUGCAACCGUGAGUGAGAAUGUCAUUCCAGUUAAUCUAAUCUAUUGUGUUAAAUAACAUUUUAAAUAAAUAUUAAGAGCUUGGGACAAUAAGAUUCAAUCUGCUUUUUUGUCAAAAUUGAGUUAUUGACAUAGCCUUGUUCUGUUCAAUGUUCUCUACCUAUAUAUUUCUCAAAAUACCCCAAUUCAUUUAGUUAAGUUUGAAAGAAUACAAGAUUAAAUUGCUGACACCAUUCAAACCAAUGAGGGUUCGGAAUUUUAAAGCCAAUUAUCUCAGAAUCAUAUUUUUGUAGAUAGAACCUUAUAGUCCCAAGCUCUCGAUAUGACUAUGGCCAGUAAUCGUGUCUCAUGAAAUAUUUACAUAUGGCCUUGUGUCAAUUGAGAACUGUUGUCCAAAUCAGUGCUUCUCAAUUCUCUCCACAUGGACCCCCAGCCGGUAGAGAGUUUGAUUCAACUUGUCUAUUAACAGAAUAAUAACUCCUAUGGAAUUUUAACAAUAUAAUAUGGCUAACCAGAAGAAAAAAAACCUGUUCUUCAAAAGGUUACUGGUAGAACCUUCGAGAUUGAAAAAGAUAAAUGUUCUGUAAGGAUACAGCGCAUUCGGAAAGUAUUCAGGCCCGUUCCCUUUUUCCACAUUUUGUUAUGUUACAGCCUUAUUCUAAAAUUGAUUACAUUAUUUUUUUUACUCAUCAAUCUACACACAAUAACCCAUAAUGACAAAGCGAAAACAGGUUUAUAGAAAUGUUUGCAAAUUUAUUAAAAAUAACAAACAGAUUAUUUACAUAAGUAUUCAUACCCUUUGCUAUGAGACUCAAAAUUGAGCUCAGGUGCAUCCUGUUUCCAUUGAUCAUCCUUGAGAUGUUUCUACAACUUGAUUGGAGUCCGCCUAUGGUAAAUUCAUUUGAUUGGACAUGAUUUGGAAAGGCACACCUGUCUAUAUAAGGUCCCACAGUUGACAGUGCAUGUCAGAGCAAAAACCAAGCCAUGAGGUUGAAGGAAUUGUCUGUAGAGCUCCGAGACAGGAUUGCCACUCCUCAGUAAAAGGCACAUGAUAGCCCGCUUGGAGUUUGCCAGAAGGCACCUAAAGGACUCUCAGAUCUGAAACAAGAUUCUCUGGUCUGAUGAAACCAAGAUUGAAUUAUUUGGCUUGAAUGCCAAGUGUCACGUCUGGAGGAAACUUGGCACCAUCCCUACGGUGAAGCAUGGUGGCGGCAGCAUCAUGCUGUGGGGAUGUUUUUCAGCGGCAGGGACUGGGAGACUAGUCAGGAUCGUGGGAAAGAUGAACGGAGCAAAGUACAGAGAGAUUCUUGAUGAAAAACUGCUCUUUAUAAAAAAAUUAAAAACAUUGACAGAUUUAGAACUAAUAUCAUGGAUCACCCUUCACUCUGCUUUUAAAGUCUCUAAAAAUAUUCAAAGUAAGUCCCUAGUUUAGUCAGAAGAAAAUCUGAACAUUAAGAACUCUCAUCCUAAACACCAGCAGUCAAAUGCACACAAAUACUCUAUGACGCAAUCAAAAUCAGCCAGAGGCCAGGGAAAUGCCAACUUGAGACCAAACUCUCCAGGGAGGUUGUCACGAUCGUCGUUAGAUGAAGCGGACCAAGGCGCAGCGUGAUAUGCGUACAUUCUUUUAUUGCAGUACACAACACGAACCAAAACAACAAAACAAAUGAUAUGUGAAGUCCUGGGUUGAACAAAAAACCUUCCGGAACAAGAUCCCACAAAAUAACAGUGCCAAACAGGCUGCCUAAGUAUGGUCCCCAAUCAGAGACAACAAGCUACAGCUGCCUCUGAUUGGGAACCACCCUGGCCAACAUAGAUAUACACGAACUAGAACACACACCUAGAAAACUAAACAAUAGAAAAUCCACAACCUGGCUCAACAUUUAAUAGUCCCCAGAGCCAGGGCGUGACAGAGGUUCCCAGUGAGGGAGUGGGAGGGUGACUUUAAUGGUCAACUGAUUUCAGCUGACAUCUCCAGCAUCCCAGAGGAAAAAACAGGUUCCCCUAGGGGUGGGCCACGGUCGCCUUACAGUGCCUUGCAAAAGUAUUCAUCCCACUUGGCGUUUUUCCUAUUUUGUUGCAUUACAACCUGUAAUUUAAAUGGAUUUUUAUUUGGAUUUCAUGUAAUAGACACACACAAAAUAGUCCAAAUUGGUGAAGUGAAAUGAAAAAAUAACUUCUUUCAGAAAAUUCAAAAAAAUAACUAAUGGAAAAGUGGUGCGUGCAUAUGUAUUCACCCCCUUUGCUAUGAAGCCCCUAAAUAAGAUCUGGUGCAAACAAUUACCUUCAGAAGUCACAUAAUUAGUUAAAUAAAGUCCACCUGUGUGCAAUCUAAGUGUCACAUGAUCUGUCACAUGAUCUCAGUAUAUAUACACCUGUUCUGAAAGGCCCCAGAGUCUGCAACACCACUAAGCAAGGGGAACCACCAAGCAAGUGGCACCAUGAAGACCAAGGAGCUCUCCAAACAGGUCAGGGACAAAGUUGUGGAGAAGUACAGAUCAGGUUUUUUUUUAUUUUUUUAUCAGAAACUUUGAACAUCCCACAGAGCACCAUUAAAUCCAUUAUUAAGAAAUGGAAAGAAUAUGGCACCACAAUAAACCUGCCAAGAGAGGGCCGCCCACCAAAACUCACGGACCAGGCAAGGAGGGCAUUAAUCAGGGAGGCAACAAAGAGACCAAAGAUAACCCUGAAGGAGCUGCAAAGCUCCACAGCGGAGAUUUGAGUAUCUGUCCAUAGAACAACUUUAAGCCGUACACUCCACAGAGCUGGGCUUUACGGAAGUGUCAGUAGGUGCUGUAGGUGGGUGUGGUGCAGGAAUCAGGCGCAGGACGCAGAAACUUAGUCCAAAAGACUUUAGUGAACAAUCACUUAGAACACGAGCCAAAAAGCCCGGAGGCGAGAAAAUACGCACACAGGCGUAAAACAAAAUGUGCACUAACAUGUGCGAGAACCCUCUCCAAACAGAGGAGGAAACAACGAAGCACAGACAACCAACAGUAGCGCAAUCACACACAACACAUGACAAAACACAACGAGAACUUAUAGGACAAUAAUGAGCGCUAAACGAUAACAGGUGUACAACAUAAAGACAAAACCAAACGAACAUCGAAACAUACAACGGUGGCAGCUAGUACUCCGGGGACGACGACCGCCGAAGCCUGCCCGAGCAAGGAAGAGAGGCAGCCUCGGCCGAAACCGUGACAGGAAGAGUGGCCAGAAAAAAGCCAUUGCUUAAAGAAAAAAAUAAGCACGCUUGGUGUUCGCCAAAAGGCAUGUGGGAGACUCCACAAUCAUAUGGAAGAAGGUACUCUGGUCAGAUGAGACUAAAAUUGAGCUUUUUGGCCAUCAAGGAAAACGCUAUGUCUGGCGCAAACCCAACACCUCUCAUCACCCCGAUGGACACCAUCCCCACAGUGAAGCAUGGUGGUGGCAGCAUCAUGCUGUGGGGAUGUUUUUCAUCGGCAGGGACUGGGAAACUGGUCAGAAUUGAAGGAUGGCGCUAAAUACAGGGAAAUUCUUGAGAGAAACAUGUUUCAAUCUUCCAGAGAUUUGAGACUGGGACAGAGGUUCACCUUCCAGCAAGACAUUGACCCUAAGCAUACUGCUAAAGCAACACCUGAGUGGUUUAAGGGGAAACAUUUAAAUGUCUUGGAAUGGCCUAGUCAAAGCCCAGACCUCAAUCCAAUUGAGAAUAUGUGGUAUAACAUAAAGAUUGCUGUACACCAGCGGAACCCAUCCAACUUGAAGGAGCUGGAGCAGUUUUGCCUUGAAGAAUGAGACAAAAAUCCCGGUGGCUAGAUGUGCCAAGCUUAUAGAGACAUACCCCAGGAGACUUGCAGCUAUAAUUGCUGCAAGAGGUGGCUCUACAAAGUAUUGACUUUAGGGGGGUGAAUAGUUAUGCACGCCCAAGUUUUCUGUUUUUUUGUCUUAUUUCUUGUUUUUUUUCACAAUAAAAAAUAUUUUGCAUCUUCAAAGUUAUAGGCAUGUUGUGUAAAUCAAAUGAUACAAACUCCCAAAAAUCCAUUUUAAUUCUAGGUUGUAAGGCAACAAAAUAGGAAAAAUGCCAAAGGGGGCGAAUACUUUCGCAAGCCUCUGUAUCUGGACCAUAUACAGUAUCUCUCUUCCUUUCUUUACCUCGCAUGUUCUUUCUCCAUCCCACCCCUUCUCCUCUCUCUCUACUUCAUAUCUUCUAUAUUUCUCCAUUGUAUGUCCUGAGGUUCCACUCAGCAUGGCCUACAGGAACUGAAAUGGAACUGAAAUGGGGCUUUGACCAGUAAUUAUCCCUGUCUGUCCAUACUCUGCAAUACUAUUAGCAGGAAGCAGGAAGCACCAGUGACUCGGUUAAUAAAAAAGUGGUCAGAUGACGCAGAUGCUAAGCUACAGGACUGUUUUGCUAGCACAGACUGGAACAUGUUCCGGGAUUCUUCAGAUAGCAUUGAGGAGUACACCACAUCAGUCACUGGCUUCAUCAAUAAGUGCAUCGAUGAUGUCGUCCCCACAGUGACCAUACGUACAUACCCCAACCAGAAGCCAUGGAUUACAGGAAACAUCCGCACUGAGCUAAAGGGUAGAGCUGCCGCUUUCAAGGAGCGGGACUCUAACCCGGACGCUUAUAAGAAAUCCCGCUAUGCCCUCCGACGAACCAUCAAACAGGCAAAGAGUCAAUACAGGACUAAGAUUGAAUCGUACUACACCGGCUCUGACGCUCGUCGGAUGUGGCAGGGCUUGAAAACUAUUACAGACUACAAAGGGAAGCACAGCCGCGAGCUUCCCAGUGACACAAGCCUACCAGACGAGCUAAACCACUUCUAUGCUCGCUUCGAGGCAAGCAACACUGAAGCAUGCAUGAGAGCACCAGCUGUUCCGGAUGACUAUGUGAUCACGCUCUCCAUAGCAGAUGUGAGUAAGACUUUUAAGCAGGUCAACAUUCACAAGGCCGCAGGGCCAGACGGAUUACCAGGACGUGUACCCGAGCAUGUGCUGACCAACUGGCAAGUGUCUUCACUGACAUUUUCAACAUGUCCCUGACUGAGUCUGUAAUACCAACAUGUUUCAAGCAGACCACCAUAGUCCCCGUGCCCAAGGACACUAAGAUAACCUGCCUAAAUGACUACCGACCCGUAUCACUGACGUCUGUAGCCAUGAAGUGCUUUGAAAGGCUGGUCAUGGCUCACAUCAACACCAUUAUCCCAGAAACCCUAGACCCACUCCAAUUUGCAUACCGCUCCAACAGAUCCACAGAUGAUGCAAUCUCUAUUGCACUCCACACUGCCCUUUCCCACCUGGACAAGAGGAACACCUGCGUGAGAAUGCUAUUCAUUGACUACAGCUCAGCAUUCAACACCACAGUGCCCUCAAAGCUCAUCACUAAGCUAAGGAUCCUGGGACUAAACACCUCCCUCUGCAACUGGAUCCUGGACCUCCUGACAGGCCGCCCCCAUUUGGUAAGGGUAGGUAACAACACAUCUGCCACACUGAACCUCAACACGGGGGCCCCUCAGGGGUGCGUGCUCAGUCCCCUCCUGUACUCCCUCUUCACCCAUGACUGCAUGGCCAGGCACGACUCCAACACCAUCAUUAAGUUUGCCGACGACACAACAGUGAUAGGCCUGAUCACAGACAACGAUGAGACAGCCUAUAGGGAGGAGGUCAGAGACCUGGCCGUGUGGUGCCAGGAUAACAACCUCUCCCUCAACGUGACCAAGACAAAGGAGAUGAUUAUGGACUACAGGAAAAAAAAGAGAACUGAGCACGCCCUGAUUCUCAUCGACGGGGCUGUAGUGGAACAGGUUGAGAGCUUCAAGUUCCUUGGUGUCCACAUCACCAACAAACUAUCAUGGUCCAAACACACCAAGACAGUCGUGAAGAGGGCACAACAAAGCCUAUUCCCCCUCAGGAGACUGAAAAGAUUCGGCAUGGGUCCUCAGAUCCUCAAUAAAUUCUACAGCUGCACCAUCGAGAGCAUCCUGACUGGUUGCAUCACCACCUGGUAUGGCAACUGCUUGGCCUCCGACCGCAAGGCACUACAGAGGGUAGUGCGUACGGCCCAGUACAUCACUGGGGACAAGCUUCUUGCCAUCCAGGACCUCUAUACCAGGCGGUGUCAGAGGAAGGCCCUCAAAAUUGUCAAAGACUCCAGCCACCCUAGUCAUAGACUGUUCUCUCUGCUACCGCACGGCAAGCAGUACCGGAGUGCCAAGUCUAGGUCCAAAAGACUUCUCAACAGCUUCUACCCCCAAGCCAUAAGACUCCUGAACAGCUAAUCAUGGCUACCCGGACUAUUUGCACUGCCCCCCCACCCCAUCUUUUUACGCUGCUGCUACUCUGUUAAUUAUUUAUGCAUAGUCACUUUAACUCUACCCACAUGUACAUAUUACUUCAACUACCUCAACUAGCCGGUGCCCCCGCACAUUGACUCUGCACCGGUAUCCCCCUGUAUAUAUAGCCUCCCUACUGUUCUUUUAUUUUACUUCUGCUCUUUUUUCUCAACACUUUUUUGUUGUUGAUUUAUUUUACUUUUUUAUUAAAAAUAAAUGCACUGUUGGUUAAGGGCUGUAAGUAAGCAUUUCACUGUAAUGUCUGCACCUGUUGUAUUCGGCGCAUGUGGCCAAUAAAAUUUGAUUUGAUUUGAUUUGAUGGUCACAAACGGUAGCAGAUGGGAUGAUAGCAUAGUCAUGUCUUGUAGACAUUUUAAGUAUCCUAAUUAAUUGAAUGGGAAGUGAUUGCUCAUUAGACCAGUCUAAACAAGUUGAGUCUAUUUGUGUUGAGUUGUGAGUGUGUUAAUUGGGUUGGAGGAGAAUGACGAUAACAUGUUGGGAAAGAGAAGGAUUGGUUGGCUGGAGAGCAGAGGUGUCAUGCGCAUAGUGGGCACAAGGGCAUGUGCCCACUCAGAUUUUUAAAAAUGUAAUUUGUAUAUAUAUACUGAAAAAGAAUAUGAACGCAACACGUAAAGUCCCCUGUAGCUCAGUUGGUAGAGCAUGGCGCUUGCAAUGCCAGGGUUGUGGGUUUGUUUCCCACGGGGGGCCAGUAUGAAAAUGUAUGCACUCACUAACUGUAAGUCGCUCUGGAUAAGAGCGUCUGCUAAAUUACUAAAAUGUAAAGGGUUAGUUCCGUGAGCUGAAAUAAAAGAUCCCAGAAAUGUUCCAUACCCACAAAAAGCUUAUUUCUUUCAAAUGUUGUGCACACAUUUGUUUACAUCCCUGUUAGUGAGCAUUUCUCCUUUGCCAAGAUAAUCCAUCCACCUGACAGGUGUGGCAUAUCAAGAAGCUGAUUAAACUGCAUGAUCAUUACAUAGGUGCACCUUGUGCUGGGGACAAUAAAAGGACACUCUAAGAUAUGCAGUUUUGGAACACAACACAAUGCCACAGAUGUCUAAAGUUUUGAGGGAGCGUGCAAUUGGCAUGCGGAAUGCAGGAAUGUCCACCAGAGCUGUUGCCAGAUAAUGUAAUGUUCAUUUCUCUACCAUAAGCCGCCUCCAAUGUCAUUUUCGAGAAUUUGGUAGUAUAUCCAACUGGCCUCACAACCACAGACCAUGUGUAACCACGCCAGCCCAGGACCUCCACAUCCGGCUUCUACACCUGCUGGAUCGUCUGAGACCAGCCACCCGGACAGCUGAUGAAACUGGGUUUGCAUAAUCGAAUAAUUUCUGCACAAACUGUCAGAAACCAUCUCAGGGAAGCUCAUCUGCGUGCUCGUCGUCCUCACCAGGGUCUUGACCUGACUGCAGUUCCGCGUCGUAACCGACUUCAGUGGGAAAUGCUCACCUUCGAUGGCCACUGGCACGCUGGAGAAGUGUGUUCUUCACAGAUGAAUCCCGGUUUCAACUGUACCAGGCAGACAGCAGACAGUGUGUAUGGCGCGUCGUGUGAGCGAGCGGUUUUCUGAUUUAAUCCUUGUGAACAGAGUGACCCAUGGUGGCGGUGGGGUUAUGGAUUGGGCAGGCAUACAGUAAGUUACGGACAACGAGCACAAUUGUAUUUUAUCAAUGGGAAUUUGAAUGCAGAGAUACUGUGACGAGAUCCUGAGGCCCAUUAUUGUGCCAUUCGUCCGCCGACAUCCACUGAUGUUUCAGUAUGAUAAUGAACGGCCCCAUGUCACAAGGAUCUGUUCACAAUUCCUGGAAGCUGAAAAUGUCCCAGUUCUUCCAUGGCCUGCAUACUCACCAGACAUGUCACCCAUUGAGCAUAUUUGGGAUCUUUUGGAUUGAAGUGUACGACAGCUUGUUCCAGUUCCCGCCAAUAUCCAGCAACUUCGCACAGCCAUUGAAGAGGAGUGGGAUAACAUUCCACAGGCCACAAUCAACAGCCUGAUCAACUCUAUGCGAAGUGAAAUGGUGGUCACACCAGGUAGUGACUGGUUUUCUGAUCCACGCCCCAACUUUUUUUUUAAAGGUAUCUGUGAGCAACAGAUGCAUAUCUGUAUUCCCAGUCAUGUGAAAUACAUAGAUUAGGGCCUAAUUUAUUUAUUUCAAUUGACUGAUUUCCUUAUAUGAACUGUAACUCAGUAAACAUUUUGAAAUUGUUGCAUGUUGGGUUUAUAUUUUUGUUCAGUGUAUAUAUUUACAAAAUACAAUAUUCUCUCUAGUAAGUGGUUCCUUCCAAGGUGCACCACGGAGCAAAGAUAUGCAAGGCAGGAGGCUAGAUACUUUAGUGCAUGCAGACAGUAUUGUCAGUGAAGGAGGAGAGAGAGUGUCGAGUGACACAUAGCAUUUUAUUGGAUUUUAUCUGUCGGUCAUAGGCAGGACUCGCAGAAGGUAUGUUUAUAAAUUAAUAUGAUCAAGCUAUGUAAAAUAUUGAUUCCUUCUUGAUGAACAAAUGCAAUUAAAAUAUGUUGUUGUUUCACUGAAAUACUAGCCACCUACUGUAGCAAUUUAAUUCAGUUUGCUUUAGCUAGCUAGCUAGAUUAGUUCCCAAUCUCCCAACCUCAUAACUAGCUACCAAGCCAUUUCAGGCUAUCAAUCAAGUAAGAGUAGCUUGUCUACCAAUCUUAGCUGGCAUGCCUGCUGGCAAAAAUACCUUUAAUUAUUGAGUUAAAAUACUAUAUACCAGUGUGACAGUUGUACUAAACUCCUAAGGCAUAAUAGUUCUUAAAGUAUCAAUGUGCAUCUUUAAUUAAAAUUACAAUUGAACAGGUAAAGAGGUAUGCUUAGAUAACCUAUGCAGAAAAAUAUAUAUAUAUUUUUUUACAUAGAAUUAGGUAUAAUGAUUAUGGCUCUAGAUUCCUGGACAAAGCUAUUUCAGGUGUAUGAAAAAUGCGAAAUGUUUUUAACAGACUCCCUCAUGACCACCCCAUCCAUCUUCACGUACUUCGUGCCCCCUCUAAAAUAAUGGAUGCAUGAUGCCUUUGCUGGGGAGAGUGACACAUCUUUGUUUCUCAAUUCAUACAUCUGUAUUAUGUCAUUUCCAAUCCACUGUCCAAGCAAUUUGUUUUUAAAAAAUCAUUCGAAUGUCACUUUUAAAACAUCAGUCAAUUAUUUCACAUACAGAGAGACUACAGCAAACCAAAAUUGGUUCUGUGAAAGUUCACAGAACAUUUGUUAGGUUACGACAAAUGUUCUCAUAACACAUAAACUGUCCAGUCGUGGUGAUGAUUAUAGAAUGUUUGUAUAAAACAUUCACCUGAUAUAGCAAGAAUGUUCCUAGAACACAUUUUAUCUGUUCUUUAAGCCUCUGCGCCAAGCUUUUUUUCAGUCAAAUAUGAUCAAUCCGGACACAGAACACAAUUUCUGGGUUAUUAAAAUGUUCCCAUCCUCUUCAUAUGCUGUGUACUUGUAACACUGUAAUUUUCAUCACGUGUUGAAAGUCUUAUGAAAUGUGAUUUUAAUUGGAUAGGGCUUCCUUUAAAUAACUUGUAUUCUUGUGUAUUCAUAUGCUUCUUAAAUACAGACUCAGAAGCUUCAAACUAAAUCAGAAAACCUUUUCUCAAUUUCAAAAUCACAUUUCAUGACACUUUCAACACAUGUUCUUGCAACAUCAGGCAAAUGUUUUAUACAAACAUUAUAUAAUCAUCAGCAUGAAUGGACAGUUUCUGUGUUAUGAGAACAUGUGCCUUGACCUAACAAAUGUUCUGGGAACUUUCACAUGUACUGUAUAUAUAUAUAUAUAUAUAUAUAUAUAUAUAUAUAUAUAUAUAUAUAUAUAUAUAUAAAAAAAAAUCUUUUUUUUGAAUGUUUUGGGGAUGUUAUCAUCAUAAUGUUAGAUAAAACCCUAACUAGAACUUAAUGGGCAUCUUAGCUAAUGUUCUGGGAAGGUUCACGGUUUGCUGGGAUGAUUGUUUCACUUGUUAUCAUAUGCCCAUUGACUCUAUUAAGGAAGCGUGACAGUUAAUAAAUGACAAAAAAAGGACAAAAAGGAAACAAUCUGAAUAAAUAAUUCUGAACUUUGACCGUACCCCUGGGGUUAGCAGUACCACAGUCACAAAUACACAGAGGGUGUCCCAGUUGCCUCAAUAGACCUCUGUUCCUCACAUUCUUACCCUCAUGGACACUAAUGGCUGAAAGGACUUGAUAGACUUCCACCUCGUCAUCAUUUAUCAAGUCUUUUCAGAGUUGUAGAGAAAAAUAAGUACAGAACACAGAAAGAGAGCAAUGUAGCUAAGAUUCUGUAUUCUCUUGUAGGACAAAGCAUAAGUAUUGUAAACGUCUGACUUCAAAUGUAUACAGUGGGGGAAAAAAGUAUUUAGUCAGCCACCAAUUGUGCAAGUUCUCCCACUUAAAAAGAUGAGAGAGGCCUGUAAUUUUCAUCAUAGGUACACGUCAACUAUGGCAGACAAAUUGAGAAAAAAAAAUCCAGAAAAUUACAUUGUAGGAUUUUUAAUGAAUUUAUUUACAAAUUAUGUUGGAAAAUAAGUAUUUGGUCACCUACAAACAAGCAAGAUUUCUGGCUCUCACAGACCUGUAACUUCUUCUUUAAGAGGCUCCUCUGUCCUCCACUCGUUACCUGUAUUAAUGGCACCUGUUUGAACUUGUUAUCAGUAUAAAAGACACCUGUCCACAACCUCAAACAGUCACACUCCAAACUCCACUAUGGCCAAGACCAAAGAGCUGUCAAAGCACACCAGAAACAAAACUGUAGACCUGCACCAGGCUGGGAAGACUGAAUCUGCAAUAGGUAAGCAGCUUGGUUUGAAGAAAUCAACUGUGGGAGCAAUUAUUAGGAAAUGGAAGACAUACAAGACCACUGACAAUCUCCCUUGAUCUGAGGCUCCACGCAAGAUCUCACCCCGUGGGGUCAAAAUGAUCACAAGAACGGUGAGCAAAAAUCCCAGAACCACACGGGGGGACCUAGUGAAUGACCUGCAGAGAGCUGGGACCAAAGUAACAAAGCCUACCAUCAGUAACACACUACGCCGCCAGGGACUCAAAUCCUGCAGUGCCAGACGUGUCCCCCUGCUUAAGCCAGUACAUGUCCAGGCCCGUCUGAAGUUUGCUAGAGUGCAUUUGGAUGAUCCAGAAGAGGAUUGGGAGAAUGUCAUAUGGUCAGAUGAAACCAAAAUAUAACUUUUUGGUAAAAACUCAACUCGUCGUGUUUGGAGGACAAAGAAUGCUGAGUUGCAUCCAAAGAACACCAUACCUACUGUGAAGCAUGGGGGUGGAAACAUCAUGCUUUGGGGCUGUUUUUCUGCAAAGGGACCAGGACGACUGAUCCGUGUAAAGGAAAGAAUGAAUGGGGCCAUGUAUUGUGAGAUUUUGAGUGAAAAUCUCCUUCCAUCAGCAAGGGCAUUGAAGAUGAAACGUGGCUGGGUCUUUCAGCAUGACAAUGAUCCCAAACACACCGCCCUGGCAACGAAGGAGUGGCUUCGUAAGAAGCAUUUCAAGGUCCUGGAGUGGCCUAGCCAGUCUCCAGAUCUCAACCCCAUAGAAAAUCUUUGGAGGGAGUUGAAAGUCCGUGUUGCCCAGCGACAGCCCCAAAACAUCACUGCUCUAGAGGAGAUCUGCAUGGAGGAAUGGGCCAAAAUACCAGCAACAGUGUGUGAAAACCUUGUGAAGACUUACAGAAAACGUUUGACCUGUGUCAUUGCCAACAAAGGGUAUAUAACAAAGUAUUGAGAAACUUUUGUUAUUGACCAAAUACUUAUUUUCCACCAUAAUUUGCAAAUAAAUUCAUAAAAAAUCCUACAAUGUGAUUUUCUGGAAUUUACAGCAAAACUUGCAGAGCUGGGAAGAUUGUAUCCCCCAUAUAAAUAACAUUAUAUUGGUAGCAAGAAUUUUAUAUAAUAAUUUAAAUUGAAAGAUUCUAAUUUUUGAAUCCGGUGUCGUUUUGCGUGUCAGUUCAUAAACACUUUGCCAUGGGAUCGGUACGUCAAAGAUCUCUUCCCAACUAUUUUGCAAUCUAUAUGGGACGGCUGUCAAUCCUUUGGUCCUUAAGUGAAACUGAUAUACUUUUUUAUUUAUCACAGUUUUCCUUAACCAAUUAUGUUCUUUAAUGCAAGGCCGACAGACAAGUUCCUUACUUUCUCCCCCUUCCACUUUCCUCUUCCACUUUUGCCGUAAGGCUGCAAUUAUUUGGUUGUAAUUUUGGGUAGAGCAGACAUUUCCAUAUGUUUUUAUUAGCUGCAUGUGCGACAUAACUCCACCAGUCCUACCGAUGAUAUCAUUUACGAAGAUUAUACCUUUUUUAAACAUUCUGUCAAAAAAUAAAGUUUUUUUGUCAAUUAGUAUAUUUGAAUUUAACCACAAUGUUUGUUGCAUUAUUUGUUCUGUCGUUUCUGGAGGAUUAAAUUGAAAUUGCAACCAACUUUCUAUGGCUUGUUUUAGAAAUAGUGACAUUUGGGAGAUUAUUUCCUUUUCAAAUAACUGAAAGUGAGAGGUUGUAAUCUGAAUAAAGGGAAAAAGGCCUUUCUUGAACAUUGGGUGAGACAAUCUUACUAAUUUGCUUGAGAAACAGUUAUAUUUUUGUUUCAUCAGACCAGAGGACAUUUCUCCAAAAAGUACGAUCUUUGUCCCCAUGUGCAGUUGCAAACCGUAGUCUGGAUUUUUUAUGGUGGUUUUGAAGCAGUGGCUUCUUCCUUGCUGAUCGGCCUUUCAGGUUAUGUCGAAAUAGGACUUGUUUUACUGUGGAUAUAGAUACUUUUGUACCUGUUUCUUCCAGCAUCUUCACAAGGUCCUUUGCUGUUGUUCUGGGAUUGAUUUGCACUUUUCGCACCAAAGUACAUUCAUCUCUAGGAGACAGAUCACGUCUCCUUCCUGAGUGGUAUGACGGCUGCGUGGUCCCAUGGUGUUUAGACUUGCGUAUUAUUGUUUGUACAUAUGAACGUGGUAUCUUCAGGCAUUUGUGAAUUGCUGCCAAGGAUGAACCAGUCUUGUUGAGGUCUACAAUUUUCUUUCUGAGGUCUUGGCUGAUUUCUUUUCAUUUUCACAUGAUGUCAAGCAAAGAGGCACUGAGUUUGAAGGUAGGCCUUGAAAUACAUCCACAGGUACACCUCCAUUUGACUCAAAUUAUGUCAAUUAGCCUAUCAGAAGCUUCUAAAGCCAUGACAUCAUUUUCUGGAAUUUUCCAAGCUGUUUAAAGGCACAGUCAACUUAGUAUAUGUAAACUUCUGACCCACUGGAAUUUUGAUACAGUGAAUUAUAAGUGAAAUAAUCUAUCUGUAAACAAUUGUUGGAAAAAUUACUUGUGUCAUGCACAAAGUAGAUGUCCUAACCGACUUGCCAAAACUAUAGUUUGUUAACAAGACAUUUGUGGAGUGAUUGAAAAACGAGUUUUAAUGACUCCAACCUAAGUGUAUGUGAACUUCUGACUUCAACUGUACGUACACACACUCAACAACACAUGCUGAGGAGAACACUCAAGAAGGGCGAUCUCAGCGUCUAUAAUGAUGUGUUUAAGGCUUGGCUACGGGAUAAAGCAGCUGGCCUGCCCCCAGGCACACAGAUGGAGCGAAGACUCCCACUUAUUAAUUUCCUAUUUCAUACGUGUGAAAUGCAGAAAGGACAUGUAAACACCAUGCACAGGCAAACAUUAGUCAUCAUCACGCUAUCAUCACGGCUGUUAUUAUAUAUAUUUUUUAUGACAGAACUAACUAAAUAAAUAGUAAGUCACAAAAAAAGUAUUGCUUUUGUUUGUUGGAGGAGAAGCCAUAUUACUUUUGAAGGACAUGUAUUAAAAACAGCAUUUACUUGACGAUGUCAUUUUGAGAGAGCUACUGCAUGAAUGCUCUUAAUAUAAUUUUCCUUUUUCCUUUCUUUUCAUUAUAUUUAGAACGAGGGCGAGGGGGAAGUGGGGAGCGGUGUCAAGGAGGUAGGAAAUUACCCACUGGUUGAAUCAAUGUUGUUUCCACAUCAUUUCAAUGAAGUUACGUUGAACCAACGUGGAAUAGACAUUGAAUUGACGUCUGUGCCCAAUGGGUUUUCUGUUAUGAUUAACUAUGAAUGGCACUCGCAUUAGUUCUCAUGUCACAGUGCUAGCCGAUACAAGAUCGGAUCUAAAACGUACAGCUAAGAACCCUCAGAUUCAGCAGAAUAACAAAUUAGAGCAAGUUACAAAGUACAGUAAUAGUUACAGUAUACAGUUAUGGGCACUAAAAUCCAGCCUAUUUAUUUCUCUCUCUCUCUCUCUCUCUCUCUCUCUCUCUCUCUCUCUCUCUCUCUCUCUCUCUCUCUCUCUCUCUCUCUCUCUCUCUCUCUCUCUCUCUCUCUCUCUCUCUCUCUCUCUCUCUCUCUCACAGCUCAGGGACUUGACUUAAAAUGCUGCCUCAGAUAACAAGACCCUGUCAACAACCGAUCUAAGUUUCCAAAAUAUACCAUCUGUUCUGAUUAAACAGACUUUGAGGUAUUUUUUAAGAGUGCCUGUCUGCCUCUGAGGGAAUUCUGUUUUUUAAUCAGCAGCUCACAGCCCCUCAACCAUUCGUCCUCCAUCUGUUGGCUGUCGAAGUAACCCUGGGCAGCCUUGUCUUGACAACCUGCUAGGCAGCAAGCAUCACUAUGGAGAUACCAGAGCACUUAUUGUAUGACCUGAACAUCUAAUGUCCUCUAUGGAUUUAGCAUGACAGUACUAUCCCAUGAUCAUUCAGAUGAUCUCACAUUGUCUUCUGAUGCUUUAAAAGGCUGAGUUGCAUUUGGGGAUUGGUAAUAUAUUUGACUAAUCCAGCCUCCUUACUCAAGCUCACAAUAUGAGGACAGUCGCAAUGACACGUGCUGAUCAUAUAAUGUACAUCUAUAGCUUCUACAGACAUGUGACUGCAUGGGCCUGUCAGACGCACGUUAUGCAUUUUUAAAUAACUAACUCUCUCUCUCCCUCUGUCUGUAUGUCUGUCUGUCUGUCUGUCUGUCUGUCUGUCUGUCUGUCUGUCUGUCUGUCUGUCUGUCUGUCUGUCUGUCUGUCUGUCUGUCUGUCUGUCUGUCUGUCUCUGUCUCUGUCUCUGUCUCUGUCUCUGUCUCUGUCUCUGUCUCUGUCUUUCUCUCUGACACAGUGCCGGCAUCAUGCCUAAGCAAGUGGAGGUGAGGAUGCAUGAGAGUCAUCUGGAGCCCAUCGAGGCCAGGCCCAGGAACAAGUGUAUCAGCUGCUUCUCUUCUCUCUUCAAGAACCUGCUGCUCACACUCACCGUGCUCGGUCAGUACAAUCGUCAGCUGUUUUACCAAGCACACGAUCACAAUAUCUCUUUCAUUCUCUUUCUCUAUCUCUAUCUCUCUCCCUCUCUCUCUCUCUCUCGCUUCUCUCUACUCUCUCCUUCUCUCUCUCUCCCCUUCCUCUCUCUCUGUCUCUCAGCUCUCCUCGUUCUUCUCUCGUCUCUCAUCUCUCUCUCUCUCUCUCUCUCUCACUCUCUUGAGUCUGUCUGUCUGUGUCUAAUUGUUUGUUUGCUUGCAUGUCCAUCAAUCCAUAUACUGUAUAAUGACAAAGAUUAAUAUCUUACUUGAGAUAUCAGAGCCCAUGAUGUGUCUCAAACACCUCUUGAGACAGCAACGGUUUAACGUUGAGGCAGAGAAAAAGACAAGCAUGGGGUGGGUUACACAAAAGGCACUUCCAACAGAUGACACGGUUCAGUAUGCUGACCAGAUGUGCUCUGUCCUGUUCUGUUAGUGGCCGGUGCAGUGGAGAGGAGAGGAGCAGCCAUCUGCGCUGACCCAGCCAGAGAGCCAGGUGGCAGGUGCCCUGAUCUUCCCUAGCCCAGUACCACCUUGUGCCCCAUCACCACCACCACCUGGCACCCUCCCUUACCCUGGUUAGGAGAGCAGGACAGCAUACCAUGGUUUCAUGUGUAGAGUGGGCCAUAGAUAUAGACUCUGACAAUGGAUUUUUCUCUGGUUCAGGUCAUGUGGUCAGGAAUAACUCCUGGCCCUAGACAUGUGUAUUGUGAGGACAUAGCAGGGAUGGAUAUGAUUGAGUCAUUUAUUAUAGUGGUAGUGAUGCUAAAAAUCCCCUUUUUGUUUCAGGUCCCAGCGAUUUUGUUUGCAUUCUGUGGUUUUAUGUGUGUUUAUUAUGCAUUUACCCAUGAUCGUGUGUGUGUGUGUGUGUGUGUGUGUGUGUGUGUGUGUGUGUGUGUGUGUGUGUGUGUGUGUGUAUGUCUGUGGAGGCCACCGUGUCCUGCAUAAAUGAGCAUGUGUGUGUGAGUUUGUUCAAGUGAACAUGUGUGUGAAAAUAAAUGAGUGUGUGUGUGUGUGUUUGUGUGUGUGUGUCUGUGUGUGUCUGUGUGUGUGUGUGUGUCUGUGCGCACACGUGUGUGUAUAAUAUAUACAACAGACCACUUGACAGAACACUUCCAUAGCAGCUCCCAUAGUGGCAUUAAUCAUCUCCCAUUAUGGAAAUUGCAUAUGGGCUUGGAUGAGGGGUUGGGAGAGGGUUAGAGAUGUAGGAUGCUCUAUGCACAGGAAAACAAAUGCCUUCCUCAUCCAGCAGGUGUGCAGCAUCAGUAGGUUGAGGUCAUGUUUCUCAAGCUGUGCGUGAAUCUAAAAUAGCUGACAGAUAUCUGUGAGAUUAUAAGGCUUGAAUUGCCCCUCUCAGGGCCUGUGAUCUUUGGCAGGGAUCUAGCAGCAGAGGAAGUGCAGCCUACGGGGGGUGGGAGGAGGGGGGGUUUGGGUCUGGGUCUGGGCCUAGCCUUGUCUGGCCUGAGCAGGACAGAGAGAGACAGAGCCGGGGACAGGGACAGAGACUGACCACAGGGCCAGUGUGCAGACGGGGCUGCAGGGGGCAGGAGCAUUCAGAGUUCAGCUCUCUCUCUGGGGCACAGGGGGAGGAGGGGGGUUGGGGGUGGAAGGACACAGCUGGAGAGGUUGGGGUGUUGGGGGAUCGGGGGCUAGUUUUCUAUCUAGGAUACAUGUAGAUUGGAAUUGGGAAGUGGGUUAGGGAUGUUUUCUAAGGUUGAGCCAUGGGAAGCAAAGGAGGUCUGGUGGGGUUGAGGGCACAUGGUGAUAAAGUCAGGGCCAUCGUAGGAUCAAAGGAGUGUGUCAUUAUUUUCCUCAGGACUCCCCUUGGUUAUAGGCCUACUCCAUAUACUGGAGUAUAGUGAGAGUGAUAUUAUCAUACCCUGAUGCUAACUGGUUUCCUAGAAUACCUGAUGUCUUCAGAGGAAUAGAGAUGCUCCUCCAAGUACUGUGAGAACCUCUCCCUGUCUGAAGCUCUGACUCCUCCUCUGUCUUCAAAGAGACCUGCUCUUAAUCCUCUAUCAGACUCUAUCAGCCUCUCUCACACUGGGACUCAGUUCUGUCUCCCCCACCCACACCUACCCACUGGCCCCUAUACAUGCAAUCCACAGACUCUCACAACCAGAUCCAGACUGCUAAAUUAAUACGCAACGAGAAGCAGCGAUUUAAGGCAGACCUAUGGAAAUGAAAUAUUGUUAUUGUUUGUUAAUAUUCUAAUAGAUGUCUUUAUAUCAUAAGCAAGUCCCAUUUGGAAAGUAUUCUCAUUAUCUCCAAACUCUCUCUGCACAGUUUUACAACAUGUUUUCUAAAUGGAGAAAGUCCUUAUCACCUUCUCACAAAAUGAAAUAAAAUGAAAUUGUAUCAAAUUGUGUCACAUGCGCCGAAUACAACAGGUCUAGACCUUACAGUGAAAUGCUUACUUACAACCCCUUAACCAACAAUGCAGUUUUAAGAAAAAUAAGUGUUAAGUAAAAAAUAGAUAGACAGGGGGUACCAGUACAGAGUCAAUGUGGGGGGGGCACAGGUUAGUCGAGGUAAUUGAGGUAAUGUGUACAUGUAGGUAGAGUUAAAGUGACUAUGCAUAGAUAAUAAACAGAGAGUAGCAGCAGCGUAAAAGAGGGUGUGGGGGUACCGGACUUGGCGCCCCGGGACCGCUUGCUGUGCGGUAACAGAGAGAACAGUCUAUGACUAGGGUGGCUGGAGUCUUUGACAAUUUUUAGGGCCUUCCUCUGACACUGGUGUAGAGGUCCUGGAUGGCAGGAAGCUUGGCCCCAGUGAUGUACUGUGCCAUACGCACUACCCUCUGUAGUGCCUUGCGGUCGGAGGCCGAGCAGUUGCCAUACCAGGCAGUGAUUUAACCAGUCAGGAUGCUCUCGAUGGUGCAGCUGUAUAACUUUUUGAAUAUCUGAGGACCCAUGUCAAAUAUUUUCUGUCUCCUGAGGGGGAAUAGUCUUUGUCGUUCCCUCUUCACGACUGUCUUGGUGUGUUUGGACCAUGAUAGUUUGUUGGUGAUGUGGACACCAAGGAACUUGAAGCUCUCAACCUAUUCCACUACAGCCCCGUCGAUGAGAAUGGGGGUGUGCUCAGUCCUCUUCUUUUUCCUGUAGUCCACAAUCAUCUCCUUUGUCUUGAUCACGUUGAGGGAGAGGUUGUUAUCCUGGCACCACACAGCCAGGACUCUGACCUCCUCCCUAUAGGAUGUCUCAUCGUUGUCGGUGAUCACGCCUACCAUUGUUGUGUCAUUGGCAAACUAAAUGAUGGUGUUGGAGUCGUGCCUAGCCAUACAGUAAUGGGUGAACAGGGAGUACAGGAGGGGACUGAGCACGCACCCCUGAAGGCCCCCCGUUUUGAGGAUCAGUGUGGCAGAUGUUUUGUUACCUACCCUUACCACCUGGGGGCGGCCCAUCAGGAAGUCCAGGAUCCAGUUGCAGAGGGAGAUGUUUAUUCCCAGGGUCCUUAGCUUAGUGAUGACCUUUGAAGGCACUAAGUAUCCAGACACACCACUCUUGGGUCACUUCCCAAUCCCACCUGUUCUCAACUCCUUGGCCUCUGAGUUAGGGACCUCUUGCCUUCUCUGCACUAGGGUUAUCAUGAACACUGUGGCACAGGACCUCCUCGCUACUGCUUUCUCUCUCUCUGCACUACUUUCUGUCUCUGGUCUCUAUUUAGCAUUGGUUCCCCUCUCCUCUUAUGGUGUCUCUCUCCUUCCUCUGGCUGCAGACAUAGGGGACUCCCUCUGUAUGUAUUAGCAUUUUAACUGACCCCGCCCCCCCCCCCCCCCCCCACCCCUCUCAUUCUCCAGGUGUGAUUCUGGGGGCUGUGUCUGGGAUGCUGCUUCGUUAUGCCUCUCCCAUCCACCCAGACAUCGUCAUGGUGAUUGCCUUCCCUGGAGACAUCCUGAUGAGGAUGCUGAAGAUGUUAAUCCUGCCUCUCAUCAUCUCCAGUUUAAUCACAGGUAUGGUAUGGUACAGUCAUGGGUUCAAUAUAGGAGAGAGGACUACCAUUUUUUAAAUACAGUUUGUUCAGUUUAUUAUUUAUUAGUAUCAAUCAUAAUCUUUCACUUUUAGAACUUCAAAAGUAACUAACACUAAUUCCACACUGCUAUACCAACACAUAUUUGUUCUGAAAGAGGAAAAAUGCCAGGCUUAGAAUGCUUGUUUUGGCUAUAGGUCUGGCUGGUCUAGAUGCCAAGUCUAGCGGUCGCCUGGGAACAAGGGCUAUGGUCUACUACAUGUCCACCACGGUGAUUGCUGCCGUGCUGGGAGUCAUCCUGGUGCUGGCCAUCCACCCUGGAGACCCCAAGAUGAAGGAGCAGCUGGGAGAUGGCCAAAAACACGACGAUGUGUCCAGCCUGGAUGCCUUCUUUGACCUCAUCAGGAACCUGUUUCCUGAGAACCUGGUGCAGGCCUGCUUCCAACAGGUACAAUACACUACAACACCCACAUUUAUUUAACCAGGCGAGUCAGUUAUUAACAAAUGUUUUUAACAACAAUGGCCUGGAAUAGACAGCCAAUAAGGACCUGGAUGAGGCAACCCCAGAACAAGUCUUAUGAAGACCACAAUGAUUUAAAUGUUUUUGUAUUUACAUCCUUAGCCCCUUGUUACCAAAAGUUAAGAUGGUUUGAAAUGUAAGAUAUUAAGGACUUGUCUGUGUUCUCUUGUCCCACCUCAGAUCCAGACAGUCACUAAGAAGGUGGAGAAGGUGAUUGAGGAGGACGUCAAUGCCACGACCACCCUGGAGGGCCUCCUGUCCAACGCCACCAAGGAACCUGAGUUCAUCAUCAAGAAGUCCCUCCAGUUCAAGAGUGGCAUGAACGUGUUAGGUAUGGUGGCUUCUCUUUUGGACCAGGCUGCAAUUGUUUCUACAACUGCCCAACUGAAAGGAAUUGCACAUAUAGCUCUUUUAAAAUUGUCUUUACUUCUUUGUCUGAGAAUAAACCAGUGCAUCACAUCAUGUCACACUUCAAGGGAGCCCUGGGUGCAGCUUGUUCUGUCUCACUAACUGUAGCAGAUUGAUAUUCAUCCUCAUAAAAAUAAUUUCCCCAUUCAUUAUCAUCUUCUCUGUUCAUAUCUCUCUGUGAGCCCAUUUACUCUACUAAUUCCCAGCUGUGAUUCCCUCUCCUGACUGUGUGAUGCAGGUGUGAUUGGCUUCUUCAUUGCCUUUGGCAUUUGCAUGGGGAAGAUGGGAGAGAGAGCCAAGCUCAUGCUGGAGUUCUUUAACAUCCUCAAUGAGAUUGUUAUGAACCUGGUCAUCAUGAUCAUGUGGUAAGAGAUCUUUAGCCUUUCAAGCACAUUCUAUAUGGAUCUACGGUAGCCAUAGAAACCAGAGGAGGCUGGUGGGAGGAGUUAUAGGAGGAUAGGCUCAUUGGGUGGCAGGUAGUUCAUUGGGUGGCAGGUAGCAUAGCGGUUAGAGUGUUUGGCCAGUAACCGAAAGAUCACUGAUUCGAAUACCCGAGCCGUCAAGGUGUAUAUGUCGAUGUGUCCUUGAGUAAGGCACUUAUCCCCUCAUUUGCUCCAGGGGUGCGUACUCCUAUGACUGACCCUGUAAAACAACACAUUUCAUUGCACCUAUCUGGUGUAUGUGACAAUAAAACAUAUAUAUUUUUAUUUUAAUGGCUGGAAUGGAGUCAAUAGAUCGGAGUCAAACAUGUUUGAUGUGUUUGUUACCGUUCCAUUUAUUCCAUUCCAGAUAUUAAAAUGAGCUCGUCCUCCUAUAGGUCCUCCCACCAGGCUCCUCUGAUAGAAAUAUGACUCUAAUUUACCAGUGUUUUUAUGAUUGCAUUUGAUAAUGCGGCAGAUAUUGUAGACAUUGACUGAGAAGAAUACCUCUUUCUCUUCAGAGUGUAUACAGUGUUAAACACAGGAGGCUGCUGAGGGGAGGACGGCUCAUAAUAAUGUCUGGAAUGGUGUGAAUGGAAUGGUAUCAAUCAGAUGGAAACCAUGUGUUUGAUGUGUUUGAUACCAUUCCAUUUAUUCCGUUCUAGCCAUUACUAUGAGCCCGUCCUCCCCAAUUAUGGUGCCACUGGCCGCCUGUGGUGUUAAACCUCUACUCUGCUCCUAGGUACUCUCCCUUCGGUAUCUGCUGCCUGAUCUGUGGUAAGAUCAUCUCCAUCGAUGACCUGGAGGUGGUUGCUAGGCAGCUGGGGAUGUACAUGGUGACUGUAAUUGUGGGCUUGAUCAUACACGGAGCCAUCUUCCUGCCCGCCAUCUACUUUGCCAUUGUCAGGAAAAACCCCUACACCUUCUUCAUGGGCAUCUUCCAGGCCUGGAUCACUGCCCUAGGGACAGCCUCCAGGUAAGGGCCACAACCUUGGACGCAUCUCACUAUUUACACUAUUUACAUCUAACUGCUGUCACUGUAAAUGUACAGAUAGAUUUUCAUAGAAAUACUAUAAAAUGAGUCAAAUCUUUCAUAUCACAUAUGUGGGCUGAACGUUGUGGAAUAAUGUAUGCAACACCAUGACUCUCUCAAACUGUACCUGUGUUUGUCUCUGUCAGUGCUGGGACACUGCCUGUCACCUUCCGUUGCCUGGAGGAGAAUUUGGGCAUCGAUAAGAGAGUCACCCGUUUCGUGCUCCCCGUCGGCGCCACCAUCAACAUGGACGGAACCGCCCUCUAUGAGGCCGUGGCGGCCAUCUUUAUUGCCCAGAUGAACAACAUCUACCUGGAUGCUGGUCAGAUCGUCACUGUCAGGUACAGACUGCCAUAGAACAUACAGUACCUUCAGAAAGUAUUCAUACCCUUUGACUUAUUCCACAUUUUGUUGUGUUACAGCCUGAAUUUAAGAUGGAUUAAAUAUAUGUUUUUUUUCUCACCCAACUACACACAAUACCCCAUAAUGAUGAAGUGAAAACAUGUUUUAAUACAUUUUUGCAAAUGUAUAGAAAUUGAAAUACAGAAAUAUCUAAUUUACAUAAGUAUUCACACCCCAUGGGUCAAUAUAUGUUAGAAUCACCUUUGGCAGUGAUUACAGCUGUGAGUCUUUCUCUGUAAGUCUCUAAGAGCUUUGCACACCUAGAUUGUACAAUAUUUGCACAUUAUUAUUAAAAAAAUUCUACAAGCUCUGUCAAGUUGGUUGUUGAUCAUUGCUAGACAGCCAUUUUCAAGUCUUGACAUAUAUUUCCAAGCCAAUAUAAGUCAAAACGGUAACUAGGCCACCCAGGAACAUUCAAUGUUGUCUUGGUAAGCAACUCCAGUGUAUAUUUUGCCUUGUAUUUUAGGUUAUUGUCCUGCUGAAAAGUGAAUUUAUCUCCCAGUGUCUGUUGGAAAGCAGACUGAACCAGGGUUUCCUCUAUGAUUUUGCCUGUGCUUAGCUCUAUUCCGUUUCUUUUUAUCCCAAAAAAAACUCCCUAGUCCUUGCAGAUGACAAGGAUACCCAUAACAUGAUGCAGCCACCACCAUGCUUAAAAAUAUGAAGAGUGGUACUCAGUGAUGUAUUGUGUUGGAUUUGCCCCAAACAUAACGCUUUGUAUUCAGGACAUAAAGUUAAUUUCUUUGCCACAUUUUUUGCAGUUUUGUUUUAGUGCCUUAUUGCAAACAGGAUGCAUAUUUUUGAAUAUUUUUAUUCUGUACAGGCGUGCUUCUUUUCACUCUGUCAUUUAGGUUAGUAUUGUGGAGUAACUUCAAUGUUGUUGAUCCAGCCUCAGUUUUCUCCUAUCACAGCCAUUCAACUCUGUAACUGUUUUAAAGUCACCAUUGGCCUCAUGGAGAAAUCCCUGAGCAGUUUCCUUCCUCUUCGGCAACUGAGUUAGGAAGGAGGCCUGUAUCUUUGUAGUGACUGGGUGUAUUGAUACACCAUACAAGUGUAAUUAAUAACUUCACCAUGCUCAAAGGGAUAUUCAGUGUCUGUUUUUUUUUUUAACCAUCUACCAAUAGUUGCCUUUCUUUGAGAGGCAUUGGAAAACCUCCCUGGUCUUUGUGGUUGAAUCUGUUAUGAAAUUCACUGCUCGACUGAGGGACCUUACAGAUAAUUGUAUGUGUGGGCUACAGAGAUGAGGUAGUCAUCAUGUUAAACACUAUUAUUGCACACAGAGUGAGUCCAUGCAACUUAUUAUGUGACUUGUUAAGCACAUUUCUACAAGUUCUGCCAUAACAAAUGGGUUGAGUACUUAUUGACUCAAGACAUUUCAUCUUGUCAUUUUUAAUUAAUUUUGUAAAAAUUCUAAAAACAUAGUUCUACUUUGACAUGAUGGGGUAUUGUGUGUAGGCCAGUGACACAACAUCUCAAUUGAAACCAUUUAAAAUUCAGGCUGAAAAAGUCUAGGGCUGUGAAUACUUUCUGAAGGCACUUUACUUUCUAAUCAGGGUGGGAAUUUCACUGCCUACCUUAUCAAUGUAAGUAAUGACGUAAAUGACAUAACAUUUAGGGGACACUGUUAUUCAAAGACACUUACAGUUACAAUACAUAGUUAUGUGUUUGUGGAUCAUACAGGAACUGAGUACACAUCCUCAGGGAUGCCAUUCCCAAUAUCCUGAAUCCCCAUAUUAUUAUUACUGUCACACCAACUCACUCUGAACAUGCUUCAUGAAGUAGCUGUACCCAUUAGCCUCAAGUGCACUUUGGUUAAUAGAUACAGUCCUUGGCCUUUGGACUUUUAAACUUAAUCUGUAGAGCAGUUUUAACCAUGAACUGUUUUAUCUCCUGUCUAUCUUUCUCCCCAUGCAGUCUGACAGCCACCCUGGCCAGUGUUGGUGCGGCCAGUAUUCCCAGUGCUGGACUGGUGACUAUGCUUCUGAUCCUCACUGCAGUGGGCCUGCCAACUCAGGACAUCAGCCUGCUGGUUGCUGUUGACUGGCUCCUGUGAGUUGAUCUGCAUUGCUAGUGAUUCAGAACCAAGUUCAUGUAGUCGUAUGUAUUCAAAGUCAAGGAGCUUAUUGUAUAUACAGUAAAUAUACCAUGCUCUCAGUGAUAGCUGAUUUGCCUUACCCCUAUCCAACCCAUUUUCUUAUCUCCACACAACACUUUGGUGUAUUCCCACCCAUUCCUUUUUUUCCUAUCCCAGGGACCGGUUCCGUACCUCAGUGAACGUGGUGGGAGACUCGUACGGCGCGGGCAUCGUGUACCACCUGUCCAAGGCUGAGCUGGACGAGCUGGACGCUACACAUGGCAAGUCAGAUGACAUCGAGAUGAUGAACAAGACCUCGUCCUACUACGAUGACCUCAAGAACCACCACGAAAACAACUCCAACCAGUGCGUCCAGUAUGCAGCUCACAAUUCAGUCGUGGUAGAUGAGUGCAAGGUACAAUUCACGCUUGCGGACAUAGAGAUUUGUAUAUAGCUGCCUAACAUGCUGCAUGCUGCACUGCACCUUUUCAUUUCUCUCUUUCGUUUGUAUUUGCCAAUGUAAAUACAUACACAGUUAUUUUUUUGAAGAAACUGAAAAAUACAAAGAAAUACAGCUUUUGUGCAAUUUUUAUAAGAAUACAUUCCAAACUUUCAGAAUAUAUUUCUGUUUAUGUAAAUACCACAAACAGCUUAUGUAAAUACCAAAAAAAUUGCAAGCCAGAAGAAAUGCACCCACAAAAUGUGAGACAAGUGUAAGUGCAAAUCCAAAUCAGCGGGCUUACCCUAAUGCCCCCUCCCACCACCACCUCCCCCACUCACCACCCGGUCUCAUUCCUUCCCUUUCAACCUGCUGGGGUUGGAUCUGAUAGCGAGGGAAAGCCAUCUAAGCCCACACAUGCAGGUUUCACCACUAUCUCUUUCCCCAAAGCUCUUUCUCCGGGCUACAUCAGAGGCUGUGCUGGAUUAUUCCUGCUGCUUUCUGGGCUUCAUGUAUCAAUUUGUGAUCAAAUUAGACUUCAUAGGGUUUAUGAGAAAACACUGUAGCUGUGCAUUCUCUUCGUACUCUGUUAUAUCCAUUAAAAUGACAUAAAUUUCUCUUUCUAACUGUAUCAUUUUAAAGGGAUGUCAUAUAAUUGCAGAGAGUGAAAUAGUGCUUCAUUAGCGCUACAUAUAUUGACUGAGCCCUGGCACCCUGCAGACUGGGACUGAGUCAUUCUCAGUCUUUAGAGAUGAGAAGCUUUUGCAUUUUAAGACCAGCUAUUCUUACUCAUUGUGAGAAAUCUUGCAAAAAUGGAAGAUGCAACGUAGCUCAUGCAUAAUCUGAAGCAGUAACACUUUCAAUCCACUGUUUGAAUAGAUCAAGGCCGUUGGCUGCUAUAAUGUGGAGGACUUUGGGCUGCUUGUUUUGUAGAGCAGCGGGCCCCGCUUUCAAAGGACCUACUGAUGAACCCAUUCAUUUAUUACAGGAUCAAGGGUGUUUCUUAGCAACACUGAGGCCCUUGCACUCCAAUGGUCUGACCACAACAAUAUACAGUAUUCUGACAGUUUUGUAUCCAUCCAUUAAGCUAGUGAAACAUGGCACAAAGGCUGUUUUCUUCCAAUGCUUUCUCUCUUUAUUUUCUUGUGUGUUGGCUGUACAUAAACUAACUCAAAUAACUUUUCUAACAUUUAUCCAAAGACGCAAACCAUUGUAGAACGCCUUGCAAAAUAACUUGUACAGACUAAAACAUAACUUUGCACUCAUUUUGUAGUAUUUUGUACCUUGUUUUAUUUGUAUCUGUUGUUUGUAUUUAUAACAUUUUAUAUACAGAUCUUCUAUCUUAAUUUGAUCACUCUGUUUUCGCAGAUAAUUUUCCUGUGCAGCAGUAAAAACCAAUUGUAGUGUAUUCAAGGUUUAAAAAGGCUUCUAAAGUUUGUAAUUUCCACUUUAACAUUUCAGACUUGAUUUGACAAAUGUAUCCAAGGGUUGGAACCAAAAUAUUUUUCCAAUCGUUUAGUUCUGAACAGAACCAUUAUUUGUUUCGUUCCGUUCCGCUGUUCCUAUCUGCAAAAUAAAGUUCUGAACCAGUUCAAACCCAAAUAAAGUACCUGUUUAUAUCGUUCCUUUCUGUUACUUUUUAAACCUACAUUUUUUUACAUUAGCUCUACAUUAAAUUACUUCACCAAUCAGUGUGACUAGAGCAGCUUGCUAUAGAGCGGGAAACCUAUAGACUUGUUUACAUGCUCGAUGGACAGACAAGUGUAGGACAUGAGAUGCGACUGAAAUUUUGUGGGGGGGAGAGAGCGAGAGAGAGUGGAAGAGGAGGCUUGGCUUGGCAUCUUGUUAUGACAUAUAUUAUCUGAAUUAGGCCCACAGAAUUAUACCUAUGGAGGAGCGGCUUCUAUGGAGGAACUUUGAAUAUCUUUGAACUUCCGAGAAUUGGCUUAACAUUGGACCAAAGCUAGCUAGCUAGCUAACAAGCUUGUGUGUGCAGAGCGGCACCAGAGUUAAAAACACUUCGUUAAUAAAUCCAAUGUGAGCGUGAUAACUAUAGUAUCUGUAACUAGCAUGGAAAAAGUUAAUCCAUUGUUCUCUAAUUAAACAUUUCUUAAUCACGCUUUUAACGUCAGUAGGCUAGAGUAGCUUAAUCUUCGGAGGGGGAGGGGCAGGUAGCCUACAAACGCACACACACUGGCGAAGAUUUUCAGCUGACAGGCAGACACUGGAAUACGUUUCUAAGUAACAGAGUGACGGCUUUGCAGAUGUGCCUUAUUGCGUUUUUUGUGGGACUGAAAAAAUGUCCCAUAAUGUGAAAGAACAUUAUUAAUCUGUUCCCAUGCUUUUAAAAUAAUGGUUCUGUUCUGGUACAGAGCACUUUCGUUCCCGGUUCUGAUUCUGUUCCUCAAUUAAAUUUUUCUGUUUUCGGUUCUGUUCCCUGAAUCAGUUCCAACCCCUGAAUGUAUCAACCCCUACAAAAAUGUCUAUUCGUUAUAAUCCACAUAAUAAUUCACAUUUCCUGGUGCUGAAUCAUUAUUUUCCUGCUGUGAGAAGCAGGGUCAAAUUAAGGUAAUCUGUAUGUCACUGCAUGUUAAAUGUGUGAUUAUAUGUUGAUUGUUCUCAGGUCAGUAAAAAGGUCUGGUGCUCGUUGUUAAGACAGACCACCGUGAUUCCAUCAGCAUGAUCCUCAGUGAUUGUCCAGGUCUUCCUGAUACCUUCAGAAUACACCUGUCUUUUAUAUUGUGAUCAAUCAUAUCAUUGGAGCACAGAACAAUUUUUUUUCAUUAUGAUAGUCUUUCAUUUAUAUUUUGACACAUAAAACAAUUACAAAAGAUAUACAAUUUUAAAGUAAAAGGCUUUAAUUAUAUAAUGUAUGUGCAACCAAAUGCAAACCAAAUGAUCAGAGUAGUUCUACAGCACAGACUUCUGGUGUCUGUGCUCCGAAGCAUUCAGUCCAGGUCAUGAAGCAUGCACUGUGCCUGUUUACGUAGAUCAGUGGAGGCUGCUGAGGGGAGGACGGCUCAUAAUAAUGGCUGGAAUGGAGCAAAUGGAAUGGAUCAAACCAUGUGUUUGAUGUAUUUGAUACCAUUCCACUGAUUCUGCUCCAGCCAUUACCAUGAGCCCAUCCUCCCCAAUUAAGGUGCCACCAACCUCCUGUGACGUAGAUGUGUAAACCUGCUGUUUAGAUGUCCAUGGUGAUUGCUUUCAGGUAACAUCGGCCACUAAUGGCUCUACUGCUGCGGCGGCCAUGGCGGAGUGCAUGCUUGUUGAGGAGGAACCCCAGAAACGUGAUUAAAGCCAGCACACAGAUCCUCAGCUCCACACGCUUUCGUAUCUGGUGAAAAGAAAGAGUGAACAAAAAAAAAAGAGUCAUGCGAACAGAACUACUAACUGUCUUUUUUUUAUGUAGUUUUAUUUCUUUUUUUUAUUAGUCCCUUUACAGUGUUUCUAACUGUCUAUCUGACUGACUAAGAGGACUAAUACUAAUUCACUUAUCGGUGAGAUGAUAACAAAGGUCUGUUUUACCUGUUAGAGCACUAAUGUGUGUUUCGUAGCAAAUUCUUGCACAACGGACAUCAAGGCUUGAGAGG